GGAGAACAUGACAGACAGUUUGACACAGUUAGGUGAUAGUCUUGUUAAUAUUGAUGUCCUGAGUAUUCACACCGAGGCAUCUGACAUGUUAAAAAGUAGUUAUGAGGCCCCAUUUGACUGCCAAGAUGUAGAAGUGAGUCCAACAUCUGGAUCUAGUGUCAUUCUUGAGAGUGUUGUGUCCCUGGAAAAUGCUGAAAUAACAUCCACACCAGUUGGUGGUUCAGAAUCAGAAGUUUGUAAGAUUCCUUCCUCUGACAUGUUACUUGAGGACUCACAGACUUCUCCAGAUGAGAAGCAUCCUGCAGACAAACCUGAAGUUACAGGAUUAGAACCAACUGCAUUGUUCAAUCAAAACAGAGGAGACGACUCUGCUUUUGCAAAUGUUGAGACAGAAUCAGAAGUGUCUGUGAAACAAGAGGAUAGUGACAUUAAUUUUGAAGAGAAUUUAUCAUUUUCCAUUGAACCACAAGGGAAGGAGAAUUAUGAAUCUGAAGAUAAUACUUCAUUUGACAUGGUUGGGUCUUCAUCAGAUGUUGAAAUCAUCACUGAAUCACCUACAUAUUCCAUGGACGAGUUGAAUGAAUCAGAAAUUGCUGUUGUGUGUGAACCAGUAGAGAUUGUGCCAUCUGACUCGCCUCCAAACAUGUCACCAUCUGUUGAGAUUGGACAUCCUUCCAAGGAUGCUGUUCAGGACUCCAUGCCAUAUGCUGGACCCACUGCCACUCCGCGUCUGUUACCAGCAGACACUGACAGCAAUGGAGAUGAGGUUGCAACAGGUGAUGUUGGAGCUCAUGCUGAUGAAGGUAUUUCAGGUGAAAGUCAAGUUGUCAUAGACACAGACAAGGAUGAUGACACAUUGUCUGCUUUGGAGGAACAAACAUUGAGCACUGAGUCAAAUAGCCCUGAGGAAGUCUGUGAGACAAAUUUGAGACAUUCAGAAAGUGGAACUGAUAAAGCUGAUGAAGUGAUAUCAGGCCCAGGACCAAUACCUGAUACUGUUUCAGAGGCUGAGUCAGAGGAUGUUGUCUCCGAGAUUGGCCUUCAGAGCACAAUAGCCAUUGAACAGACCCAAGAUAUGGUUGAGGAUCAUGGUGUCUCCGGUCAAAUGGAUGAUGACAUUCAACAGAUUGUAAAUCAAACUGAUGUGUUUGAAGUUAUGGUGACCAAUCAAUCUGAGGUGGUUGAAGAAAGUAGUGAUCCAGAUGUUUCAGACAAUGUUAUUCCCAACAAAGAAUCUGAUAACCUUGAUGAUUUCUUUUCAUCAGGUAGUCUGGUUGCACAAGACAAUGAUGUAUCCCUGAAACCUGAUUUCCAAGCAGACAUUGUUGAUGACAAUUUAUUACCAGUGCAACUCUGUGAUAAAGAUGAAAUUCCAACCACCUCAUUUUCAAAUAUUUUGACUGAAGAUGCUGUUGGUGAAACAGACACAGAAAAGGAAAUCCAUACCUUUGAGACUAAUGCACCCAUUCAAGGUAUCUCUCCAGAACCACAUCAGCUGCCAUCUGAUCAAUUCAUUGAUGUUAAUAUGUCACAGCAGAUACCAUCAGAUGAGGAUGAUGGCUUCACUGACCUUGAAGGUUUUAAUCAGAUCCCUGUGCCAGAUGACUUACCCUCAAUAUCUGAUUCUGAGCAGUUUACAAGCUUUACUGAUCCCAAAUCUCAAUCUGACAUAAGUAUAGAAACAAAAGAGAACACUACAGAAGUUACUAGUUCAUCAGGCAUAACAUCAAAUGUUAUCGAUGACUUUGGCCAACAGUUCAUCCCUGGAAGGGACACCUUGGAAGAAAGGACUUCAGAACAAAAUGAUGCCCCAGAUGUCACGAGUCAUGUGUCAGAGCAUGAUGCCCCUAAAGAGAAUGCUGAGAAAGAGGAUCAAACUGAUGCUGAACUAACUGAUUUGAUCAUGGCUGACAGUCUAAAGACUGAAGAUGCUGUAGUUGAAUCUGAAUCUGUGAAUUUUGCUGAGAAUGUGAUAAAUGUGAAUGCCCCAGGUUCAUCCUGUUAUCUUGAUGCUGAUGCUGAUCAUCAUGAUGUAGAUGUUCCAUCACAGACUGUCAAACCUUUUGACUCUGAUGGUGCUCCCACUGAAACGAAAAGUGAAUCACCAGAACUCAUGUCUACUCAAUUUGAGGUUGACAUAAACCUUGAUACAGGACAUUCAGAUCAAGUAUCCAGUUCAGAGCAGGGGUCGUGGGCAUCUGAUGUUUCGGAAGCUGGGAGUGAUCAAUCUAUCAAUGAUUUUGAGGACCUUGGUAUGACAACACCAGAACAAGUGGAAGUGAGCCAAACAGGUGAUGGGAGCACUGUGUCUACUGAUUCCUUAUUGGAUGGCUUUGUUGAAAUAUCCAGUAGUCCAGUAGGAGGUGGCAUCGGUGAAACCAGUGAAGCUGAGGCAAAUUUAGAUUCUAAGUUCCCAGAAAGCACUGAAGCUGGACAAGAUGGUGAGACUGUUGAUGGAACAGGAGAGGGAUUCCUUGUCCUUAGUGGAUCAGAGGAGGACAAACAAGCAAAAUUAUACAAUGAUGGCUCAAAUGAAAGUAAUGUGGGUCAAGGCAUAAUUGACUUUCCAGAUUCGUCAUUGACUGACUCCCAAGAAUCUGCAGCAUUCCUUGACUUAUCAAGCUCUCAGGAGGGUCUAGUUGAGGAUAAUGAUGAAUCUGGUAUGUCUGAGACAAGUGUAGUAAACAGAGCUUCUACAGUCAGAGAAAUUAACAUAGACACUGGUCGGGAACAAGCUGCAGAUAGUGGUGUGUUAAGCAUGUCCCCACCAAUAGCUUCAAGUCAAACAGAAGAAAUCAUAUUGAAACCUUUUGAGGAUUUGUCUUCAGACGUAAAUAUGCAACCACGUCAGGAUACAAUGACAGAUCCUGCUGUAUCUAAAGCUGCACCAGUGAUCCCACAAGAGGACAGUGCUAGCUUAUCACCAACUGAUAAUAACAUGGAAACAAAUCUGCCAUUCAAUACCCUUACGCCUAUUAACAAUGAAACCAUAGGUACAAAUGGCUUAAUAUCAACAACAGAUCCUGAAGCAGAUCCUGUACAAAUUCACAGUCCCGUCUCAAUCCAAAACCAAAUGAAAGGAGAUCUGACAUCUUCCAAUGAAUCCUCGGUUCUGAAUAUUGAUGAUUCAGAUGCAGUCCUUCCUGUAAUGACCAAGCAAACUGAAGACCGUGAUCCAUUUGGCCUGACAUCUGGUGAGAACACGGUAUCAAGUAUUGAGGCAUCAGAUGCAUUUCCCUCAGUAGAGACAGAACAAACAGCAGACAGUGAUCCAUUUGGCCUGGCAACUCCUUCUGGUGAGAACACUGAGACAGAUCUGGGUGCAUCAGAUGCAUUCCCCUCAGUGAUGUCUGGACCAACCACAGACAGUGAUCCAUUUGGUCUGACAUCAGCUACUGUUGAGAACAUUGUUCCAAAUCUUGAUGCUUCAGAUGCACUCCCCUCAGUGGAGACAGAACAAACAGCAGACAGUGAUCCAUUUGGCCUGGCAUCUCCUGGUGAGAACACUGAUUCAAAUCUUGUGGCAUCAGAUGCAUUCACCUCAGUGGAGCCUGUACCAACAACCGACAGUGAUCCAUUUGGCCUGACAUCAAGUGAGAGCAGUGUUCCAAAUCCUGUGGCAUCUGAUGCAUUCACCUCAGUGGAGCGUGGACCACCCACAGACAGUGAUCCAUUUGGCCUGCCAUCAAGUGAGAGCAGUGUUCCAAAUCCUGUGGCAUCUGAUGCAUUCACCACAGUGGAGCCUGUACCAACAACCGACAGUGAUCCAUUUGGCCUGACAUCAAGUGAGAGCAGUGUUCCAAAGCUGGAAGCAUCAGAUGCAUUUCCUUCAAUUGAGACAGAACAAACAGCAGACAGUGAUCCAUUUGGUCUGGCAUCUCCCUCUGGUGAGAACACCUUGACAGAUCUGGGUGCAUCAGAUGCAUUCCCCUCAGUAGAGCCUGUGCCAACCACAGACAGUGAUCCAUUUGGUCUGACAUCAGCUACUGUGGAGAACAUUGUUCCAAAUCUUGAUGCUUCAGAUGCACUCCCCUCAGUGGAGACAGAACAAGCAGCAGACAGUGAUCCAUUUGGCCUGGCAUCUCCUGGUGAGAACACUGAUUCAAAUCUUGUGGCAUCAGAUGCAUUCACCUCAGUGGAGCCUGUACCAACAACCGACAGUGAUCCAUUUGGUCUGACAUCAAGUGAGAGCAGUGUUCCAAAUCCUGUGGCAUCUGAUGCAUUCACCACAGUGGAGCCUGUACCAACCACAGACAGUGAUCCAUUUGGUCUGACAUCAAGUGAGAACAUUGUUCCAAAGCUGGAGGCAUCAGAUGCAUUUCCUUCAAUCGAGACAAAACAAACAGCAGACAGUGAUCCAUUUGGCCUGGCAUCUCCCUCUGGUGAGAAGACUGAUUCAAAUCUUGUGGCAUCACAUCCAUUCCCCUUAGUGGAGCCUGUACCAACCACAGACAGUGAUCCAUUUGGCCUGACAUCAAGUGAGAGCAGUGUUCCAAAUCCUGUGGCAUCAGAUGCAUUCUCCUUCGUGGAGCCUGGACCACCCACAGACAGUGAUCCAUUUGGUUUGACGUCAAGUGAGAACACUGUUCCAAAUCUGGAAGCAUCAGAUGCAUUUCCUUCAAUUGAGACAAAACAAACAGCAGACAGUGAUCCAUUUGGCCUGGCAUCCAGUGAGAAUUCUGAGACAAAUCUUGGGGCACAAGAUAUGUUCCCAUCAAUAGAGACUGGAAAAACAGCAGACAGUAAUCCAUUUGUCCUGGCAACUCCUUCUGACAAGAACACCUUGACAGAUCUUGGGGCAUCUGAUUCACACCCUUCAGUGGAACCUGGAAAGGCAGUGGAUAGUUUUCCAUUUGGCUCAGCAUCUUCCCAGGACGACACUGUUCACAGUACUAGUGAGCAAAUUUUCUCAGCAGAGACCAGUCAGGUGUCAGACAGUGAUCCAUUUGGCCUGACAAAUCCCUCCCAGAAUGAUACUGUUCCAAAUCUUAGUGCAUCAAAUACAUUCCCUCCUUUAGAGACAGCUCAGAUGGCUGACAGUAAUCCUUUUGGCCUGAUAUCACAGGUUGAACCAAGUAGACUUGAGACUGGUGACAUGUUUGACGUCAGCCCUGGUAGUAAUGUGGAGACUGGCACCAGUCAUCAGAACCCCAUGACAGAUUCUGGGAUGUUAUUAGACUUCAUGCAAUCUGGUUCUGAGGCACCAUCUCGGACAAACAGUGGCAUCUCAGCCGACAUGUUCGGAUCCUCACCAGAUUUUACAUCUCCCUCAUCUACUCAAGACUUCGAGCCAAUCAGCUGCUGAUACAAAAGAAUCUGACCAAUCAGUAUUGUUGGAUAUGUUUGAAAAACCACCUAAUACCCAAAACAUUGAGCCACAAAGCAGUGACACUUCUUCACUUGUUGAUCUUUUUUAAGAUACCCUUUGUUCAAUAAGAAAAACACAUGGGAGUAUCAAAACAGCCUUUGACACUUAACAAAUGUUUUUUAGCUGUUUGUUUUUCAGAUGGGGCAUAUUACUUAAAUAUUCAUUCAUACAAGAGGAAUUGUUGAAAAAAAAAAUUAUACUGUGAAUAAGAUUUAAAAUACAUGUAAAUAUAGUCCAGACUUGGGUAAUUUAACAACAAAAAAUGUCUGAACUAAAAAUUACCUUUUUAUUCACCACUGUUCCAUAAUUAUGUAAUCUUGUUUUCACUGAGAGGUAUUGUUGACCUUGUCUCCAUCUGUAACAGCUGUUCCCAGAGAGAAUGAAGCGGUUGGUUGAAAGACAGUUCUCUGUUGAACACUACGCAAUGUUUUGUUUAUAUUAUCUAUUUCCUCAUUCCCUAUUUUUUCUAUACAAAGUAGUCAAAUAUUUACAACUCUGAAAUAGAUAUACUUGUUAUGUGAUAAGACACAGCGCAGUUUAACCAAAGGUGUAUCGCAACCGAAAUCCUAUCUGUUUUAUUCAUACUUCCUCGUAUUACUCAAGCUGUUGAACGUGUGAACUCAUGGUUGAGAUUGACACAAAGACAUUCUUCAUUACUGAAUUCACCUCUUGAUAGUAGGUGAGUGUUAGUACAAAUAAAUACAUUAACUUGUCCAACCAAUUGUUAUAUGCAAAAUGUUCAAGAAAUAUUAUGACUAGGUGUAUACAACUUUGCCUUUUUUCGUUUUUCUAACAGAAUACAUAUUACUUCCCUUAUAAACAAAAUACUCAAAAUUUGCUUAGUACCAGUCCUUUGACUUAAGACGGCAAACUUGGUCCUGAGCAAAUAUUGAGUAGUCGAGAUGUCAUCUGUCUUUGUAUGUUAAUUAUCCAAUUUCCACCCAUUUGUAUGGUUUGCUCUCAUAACAAGUCUUGGAUCCUUUACUUUACGAUCUUAUGUUCUGCACUUUUUGUCUUUGUUGUAUAAAUAAUUUAGGUUUUGUGGCCAAGAUCACAUGUCAUAGGAUGUUCUGAGAAGCAAUGACAAGCUGACGAAGUGAGGUUUUUUAUUUCUGUUAGUGCAACUUUCUGAUGUUUAAUCUUCAUAUGGCAGACUUUGAUAAAACUGUUCACUAGUUUAUGAAAUAAUCUGUUUAUUAGCAGUGUCACCUUGAAUCCAUAGCACAUAUAUACAUUUUAUGGCAUUAGUUUAGUUUGUGAGUCUAUGUUAGUGAUUGCUUAUCCAUGAUAGUUCUACGGUUGUGCUUCAAGUUCAUAUUAGUUGUCCAUGUACUACUUUUGUAAAUGUAAUAGUUUCCUGUAUACUAAUAUUCAGUUGGGGUGUUGAGUCAUCUCAAGGUUGUCGUGAUCGAUUGUGAGCAUGCUUAUAAAUUGAUUUAAUUACUGAUUAUGAACGCAUAAUAUACGAUGUGUUGUGUUAAUUCUGAUUGGGUAUGUUAAUUAGCUUGCAAUGUGGUUUCUUUACCAGUGUUGAUAAUCUGUUUUGCUUGAAGCUUGUUGAUCGAUUCAUCUACCCAAUGCAUGUGCAAUAUAAUCCAAAAUACAGAUCAGUGAUCAUCCAAUGUUUGGAAAAUAGGACAUGAUUUCCAUGUUCGCAUUCAUCCGAUUUAAUUCCUGGAAUAUGAAAUAUAAAAUAACUAAAAUAAUGGUUCAUUUAAAUACAUUUCAUUGCAGUUAAACCAUUUUCAUGUAGGAGGUUUUAAUGUCUUGAAGGAUGAAUUCUUAACUGGUUAUUGUUAGUGUCCGUGUUGGUGGAAUGGCACUUGUUCUAGUCAAGUAGAAAAAGGUGCUGAGGUUUUAAAUGUUAUUCAUUGAAAGUCAGAAGUGGUUUUAGAACAGAUAGUCCAUGGUAGUGUUUUUUCAUAUGUUUCCCUUCACAGCACAGAAUAUUCACAUGUAGGAGUUUUGUAGGCAACACCUAUGUGUACACGCGAAGUAAUCAGUUUAUGUAUAGUCAUAUAUAGGUCAUAACUUGUAUUAUGGUGCUGUUACAUUGAUAUUCUUUACAGCAAAACUAUGUAUGGAAUGAUAAUAGAACAGUAACUGAAAUAAUGGUAUUUCCAGUACAUAGUGAUCACAAGCUGUUAUUAAUUCAAUUGUUCUUCGAUAAGUGACAAUAAAUAUAAGCAUUUGAAUGGAUUCAAUUAGCUUCCAUUAAUGUUAUUAUAAUUAGAUAAUAUUCAUUUCAAAUCUGUCCUUGACUAUGUUUCAAAGUACUUACUGUCAAUUUUCUUCACUAGUUCACAUUUCACUUCUCUUCACAAAUCUCAUAUUCUUUGGAGCUGUGGUCUUUUUGAGUCACCCUGUUUAUCGGAUGCGAUUCUAAACUAUAAAGACAAUGAUCGAGAUGCAAUAAAAAGAAAAAUACCGGUAAAUUUUAAAAGUGAUUUCUGAACAGAAUUGUUAGUUGAUUGAAUUGAUUUGAAAAAGUCUAGGAGAAUAAAAUAAUCAAAAGAAACUCCACCUCCAAAUGUCAUCCUCUGCAUCUGCAGGGAAGAAAAUAUAAAUUUUCAUGUUUUCAAUUUCUUUUUUCACCUUUGUGAAUAUUUGGGCAGGUGGAUGUGUAAAACCUAAUUAUUAAAAAAUAUAUGCAUUUGGUGUGUCUUGGUAUAUAGUUAAUGCAUUGAAUAUGAACUAUUAUCCUCACCCACCUGUAAAUACAGUAUUGGUUCAUUGUAUCAAUCAUGCCUUGAUAUGUAUAAUACAAAUCACUUUCAUGGAUGAUAACUACAGUAUAAUGGUUGUUCAGUUUUACUACUAUUGUGGUGUAACAACUAUAAGUUAUGCAUUAUUAUCAUAUAGGUUGUGAGAUUGUAUUGAGUCUGCUAGUAUUUAAACAAGUUUGUAUGCUAUAUGACGUACUGGUCAUUGUUAUAGUGGUCGUGGAAGUACUUUCCUCCAUUGCCCAGCCAUAGUACAUGAUUAAUUGGUGAGUAAAAUUUUCAAGUUUAGUUGCCUUAUUAUUCCAGGUCAUACCCCUAAAUAACAUUGUGUAUGUGUAAAAUAUAGACAUUUCUAAGGACCAUUUGAUUCUUUCAUAUUACUUAAUACAUUAUUCAUGACUAUUGUUUAGUUUUGUAAUAUGAACGAAUCAUAUUUUUUCAACUUUGGUAGGUAAGAACUUUAAAUUUGGACAUUAUCUGUUAGUUUCAAUCCCUUCCCCUGUACUGCCCCUCUGUUGAUGUUUGAUGAUAAAGUGUGCUCAAACUGCAUUGUAUUAAGCUAAACCUCUAAAUGUAGCUUUUUAAAUUGAUCAUGGUAGGGAGUGUAAUGUAGUUUUGUUAAAAAGCAUCAUAGAUACUUUUUUUUAUAGAAAAACAAACAAAUAUUUCAUUUAUGUUGUGAUACCAUACUUUCCUGGAAAUUGGCAUUUUAUAAUGUCUUCACUUUGCAUAUAUUCAUUUUACAAUAUCAUUUAACUGGAUUACAAUAUUUACAUUUACUUUAUUUACAUCAAAAUGCUGUCGGUGAUUUAUGCGUGUCCCCUUUCUUAUAUGAAAUGGUUGAAAUUUCAGAGUUGAAUUUCCUCAAACAUAUCAUUUUAAAUGUUGAUUUAUGUAUUAAUCACUGAUGUUAAUAGUACUGAUUUAUAUUUAUUUACAGUCUGUGUCCUUGACUCUAUAAAUCAAGUGCCAAUAAACCCACUGAUUGUCAUG